AGCAGCAUUGGCGGCAGCGGGACUUGCAUCGCUCCCAAGCUUCCCGAGCUGCUGACGUCAGCUGGCAGCCUGGGCUGUACUCGCAGCACUGGACAUAGAGCCGAGAAAAUGCUACUCUCCGUUCCGCCAAGGGCAGACUUCAAUCCAUACAUCGGCUAUAACAGCAGAAACAGCAAAAAGCAGUCAUAUGUGUCCUCCAGCCACCAGAUGGCACCCCCCAGUCCCAAUACCAACAGCAGCAGCAACAGCAAUGUCGGGGGAGUGGAUCAGCUGAGUAAAACUAACCUGUACAUCCGCGGUCUUCACCCCGGGACUACAGACCAGGACCUGGUUAAGCUAUGCCAGCCGUAUGGGAAGAUUGUUUCCACCAAGGCCAUCCUGGACAAAACCACCAACAAGUGCAAAGGCUAUGGCUUUGUGGACUUUGACAGUCCGACAGCGGCCCAGAAAGCAGUGACCUCCCUGAAGUCCAGUGGUGCCCAGGCUCAGAUGGCCAAGCAACAGGAGCAGGACCCCACCAACCUGUACAUCUCCAACCUGCCUGUGUCCAUGGACGAGCAGGAGCUGGAGAGCAUGCUCAAGUCCUUCGGCCAGGUCAUCUCCACACGCAUCCUCCGCGAUGCCAACGGGGUCAGCCGUGGCGUUGGCUUCGCCAGGAUGGAGUCCACAGAGAAGUGUGAAGCCAUUAUUCAACAUUUUAAUGGCAAAUUCAUUAAGACUCCACCAGGAGUUCCAGUGCCCCCUGAACCAUUAUUGUGCAAGUUUGCAGACGGGGGACAGAAAAAGAGGCAGAACCAGGGGAAGUACCUUCAGAAUGGCAGGCCCUGGGCCAGGGAUGGAGAGAUGGGAGGGAUGACGCUAGCAUAUGACCCCACAGCCUUACAGAAUGGGUUCUAUUCGUCACCCUACGGUCUGACACCAAACCGGAUGAUCGCCCAGACGUCCCUCUCUCCCUACAUGCAUUCCCCCAUCUCAUCCUUCCAGCUACAUAGUCCCUCCUGGAUGCACCACCAGUCGUACCUCAUGCAGCCUGCAGGCACAGUCCUGACUCCGACCAUGGACCAUGCUAUGUCCAUCCAGCCCACCUCCAUGAUGGGCACCAUGACCCAGCAGCUCAGCCACCUAUCCCUGGGCGGCACAGGCACGUUUAUGCCUGCCAACACAACUAUGCAGGGGACAUACAUCCCCCAGUACCAACCAGUGCCUCCCUCCAGUGUCCCUGUAGAGGAGAACGGAGGACAACAGCAACAGGUUGCUAUGGAGACACCUGCAGAACACACAAACUACUCAUACCAGCACACCAAGUGAAGCUAAGCUGGUGGUCAGGAGGCCAUGUGGCAGACUGAACCCCAGAGAGUUGCUUCGCUACAGGAGGACAGCAGAGCUCCGCACAACACCACCAAGCCUCGGACUUGUACACGGAUGACAAAAGCAACACGUGUGUGCUUUGAAAAAGAAGACAACGCUUAUUUCGUUGGGACUUUUCCUCUCUCUUCUUCAAGGAUCGAUCAACCAAAGGUGGGAGCCUUCUGCAAUGGAAGCUUUGAUGUCUGUUAAUAACUGAAAAAAGAAACAAAGUUGAACAAAGAAACAAAUUAGGAAAGGGAUAAAGAUAAAGCAUUAUUUUUGUGCAUGUAAUAUAGCAAAUUUGUAUUUUUUAAAAAGCAUUCUGGAGUUUCAGAGUGAUAUAAGGAAAAGAGUAACAACACAAUGUGUCUUUAAUUUUUGGGUAAAAUAUGCAAAAAUGUAUUUUAAUUGUUUUAUGUCUGUUUUUUGACAUUCUAUUCACAGCAGUUGGACAAUGUUUUGUACAGAUUUUAAAAAGUUAAAAAAGAAACAUAUUUAGUUGGUAUAAUAUUUCUAGUGUAGGCUACUUUUAAGAAUGGAAAAUGCGAAACACACCGUUUAAAGCUACUUCUCCCUUAAACUGAUCCAGUAAGGCUAAGUUCAGUUAACUCACUGGCAGAUGGUUACAUUAAUUAUUUAUAAAUUAUUUAAAAUAACGUCAAACUUAAACCUUAUAAAGCAUUCCCUUCAUAAACAUUCAGAAUGUGUUAUGAGCAGAGGACAAUCAUGAUCAUUCUUAUUUAUAUGUACAUCAUAGUUCUAUUUUUUGAUAUUUGGAAAUAUUCAAACAUGUCACUUGCGUAUUGUGUAGAUUUUAUUUAAUUAAAUUCUUUAUUUAACAAGUCCGGUAAAAGCCAAGCACUGGCAAUAAACCUAUUAUCACUUGUAAAAUAAUUCAUAGAAGCUAAAUUAUAUAAAAAAGUUUUAAAAAUCUGAUAUUAUUGUAAAACUAUAUUAUGAGAAAAAAUGUACUAUUGUUUUUUUGGUUAUAAUGCAAUAUGACACAUCCAAAUUUCACCUUCUAUUUAAAAAAAACUUGAGACAAAUUGGAUUGUCUGAAAGUUACAAUAUUAUUUUCAAUAUUGAAUAAAUGAUUACUAUUACUAUACUAUACAAUAACAAGGUCCUCUCUCUAUAUUCAAAGGAAAAAUAAGACAGUACAUAAAAUGCAAACUCUUUUGAAAUUAUUACCUACAUUUAUUCACUGCAAUUAUGCUUGAAUUCACAGAUAAUAUAAUAAAUAUUCUACAAAAUAGUUGACCUUGUGUGUUGGGUGUGAGAGUUCAUGUCCCAACAGUGUCCAUAAGAAGUGGUUUUAAGCGGUUUUGUUCUGGUAGCUGUUCAGAUGUCCAUAGUGAAUUUGACCUUUUGACAAAGUAGACAGACAAAUAAUUGGACAUGCCUUAGAAUUGAGCAGUUGGAUUAGUAUGAAAUAUGUGUACAAAAGAGUGCAAUUGUUUUGAUUUAAAAAGCAAAACAACGAGGGGAGUUAAAAGUAGGUCUAAAAAGAGUCCUUAAUAGCAGUCCUUUGUUGUAGAGAAAGGGAGCUGCAAGUAUUUAUCAAUGCUGCUGUUGUCUCCUGAGUUUUAAUUCCUGACAAUGAUUUGUAUUUGAGAUUUUUUUUAGAAAAAGUAAAGUAUGUUUUCUCUUCUUGGGCUUUCACUUGAACCCUUCUGAGGGAUCAUACCUUUUGUUGUUGUUCUAAAACAUAUUUUAUAUUCAUUUCUUUACAGUAAUCUAGAUUUUAUAAGUAGGGAAAGAUCUUUCCAAGAGUUUAGAUGUAAGCUUUUUUUCUUUUGUAAGAGAUUCAUAGGAGUUUUUAAAUUGUGUUUGUGCAUUUCCACAUGGUCCAUACAAACAAACAGAUGAUUUUGUGUUUCUUCAAGUUGAUUUCCGUUCCAGAGCACUGUGUUGUUCACUAUGAUAUCAUUUUUCAGGCCCGUGUGAAAUAGUUUUGAACUAAAACGCGUCCACAUCUAUCCUAGAGACACUAAAUUAAACUCAAUGACAACCAUGCCACCUUGCCCACCUUCCCAGAUCAGUCCAGUGGGGAUGUACAUGUCUAGUGUAAACACAUUCUAUUGUAUCUGUCAGAGAGAAUGAUGACGCAACCCAGAAAACACUUAACAUAAUAUGAAAGUGCCAUUAAAAACAAACUGUCCCAUAACAAACUGUCCCACAACAAACUGUCCCAUAACAAACUGUCCCAUAACAAACUGUUCCACAGAAGUUAACUUAACAUUGGAUGAAUUCAUUCUAGUUUCAACAAAGACAAACAUUUGUGAAAUUGGCAGGUUUUGUUAGGAAUUCUGACCAGUGUUUCUAAGCCUUAACUGUAACAUAUUUCAGAAGGGGAACCCUGUUUCUCCUCAUUGAUGGCUAUUCCUUUCAAUCAUGGUUGAGGGUAUGGCCAAGAAAAGAUCAUAACGAUGCCAUCAAUAUCAGAUGUUAUGUUGCCAUAAUAUUAUAAAGGGCUGAGUUUACCAUACCUUGUUAAAACCUAGUGUUACCCUAGUAAACACCCCCCCCCAUCACACUUGAUCUCGGGUUUUCGUCAUUGUUCAGGAUGGAUGACAUCAAAGUUACUGUUUCUUCUUCAUUGUGCAUCUCUGAACCUCUCUCCACCUACCAAAUGUUUUUUUUAGGAUUAUUUAUGUCUGCAACACCAAAGAUGAUGAAGCCAUCCAACUGUCAGGAAAGUCAGACUUUCUAUCUUGGAGACAAAUGCUGCUCUCGUCUCUAUUGGCAUACGUAACUAGAAUGAUGCUGUAGUAACAUCCUCUCAAAGUGGCAGUACCCUGGUAGAUGGUAAACAAGCAAUAUGUUUCACUUAAGUUCUGAAUAUGUUGAGUGUUGAAUAGAGAGUCAUAGAUAUGUGUGCUUUGGUUUAUCGACCUAUGCUCGUUUCAGUUUGGUACACCCAAAGAAA